AUGAUUUUAACUUUAACCCCUCCAUUUCACAAGGAUGAUUAUUCUUUACUUGGAUCCUGUAAUGGUUUAAUUUGCUUUAAUCAAUCCAUUUGUCUUUAUCAUCAUGGACCUGCCUGUGUCUUUAAUCCAAUCACCAGAGAGUAUGUUAUUCUUCCUAAAUGUGAAGAUAUGUACUGGUGGACUGGAUUUGGUUACCUCCAUACCACCAAUGAGUACAAGGUUGUUAGGAUAUAUGAGUCUGGUGGAGACUCGAAUGUUGGAAUCAUUCAGGUGUACACUCUUGGUAGUGGCAAUGGAUGGAGAAAUGCGGGAACGAUGGACGUCAAUAUGAAAUAUGUUGAAAUAGGUGUGGGUGCGUUUGCAAAUGAAACUCUUCAUUGGGUGAACAUUGAAGGAAUCAGUAUUCUUGCUUUCCAUUUGUCUGAUGAAAAGUAUAGUGAACUUCCACCACCACCACCUUAUUUGACACGAGAUGAUGUUCCGUAUUUAAGUAUAAAGCUUGGGGUUUUAGGUGAUCUUUUAAGUGCUGCUUAUUAUUAUGAAGAUGCUGAUAAUUGUGACAUAUGGUUAUUGAAGAAGGAUGGAGAUAAUAUUGACUUCAGCUGGAUUAAAGAGUUCAGUCUUGUCACCGCAGGGGUGUCAUUUGAGUUAACGAAAAAUGGUAAGCUUCUAUACUAUGAGCUCACUGACAUUUGUAGUUAUGAUCCAAAAGUUUCAUCUGCCAAUAUGUCUGCGAGUUUUGGUAAAUAUAUAUCUAGUGCAAUUCUUCACAAGAACACCUUGGUUUCACUAAAAGCACUUGGAGAACAAGAUACGAAAACGAUGGAAUUCUCUUUAAGAGAGAGAUCAAGCGAGGUGAUGGAAAGCAGUGCUACUGCUUACCCUCAGAAGCAUCAGUGCGAGGUAUGA